AUUGAAAGCUACAAAAGUCAUCCACUUGGAGGACGAUGAAGAACUGCGGCGGACGACUGCUGAAUUAGCUAAAACCAUGCCUGAAACUCUGGUGACGAGUGCUCCUCCAACCGGUUCGAUUGUUGUGACUACAACUUCUCCAGCCAGUUCAGUUGUUGUGACUAUAGUGCCGACUACGCCUCUUCCGAUAACUCCUGUUACCUCUGCUGCAAUGCCAACUCCUUUGAUGCUUGCAUAUCCUCCGCAUCGUGUCCCGGAGGACCAUACUGGAGUUGCCAAAGACGCCAUGAUUCAGGCCGAACAGAUGAUGCUGCAGAUCAAGGUGGCAUAUGAGGCUAGCAAGUUGGCAUACGAUGCCAGCUCGGUGCUUCAAGCUAACGUCCGAAAAACCUGUGAGAUUGGAGUCAAGUAUGCCAACUUGGAAUCAGAGAAGAACCAUCUUCAGCUGGAUCUGGAAGUGACAACCAAUGACCUGAACGUCUUGAAGAAGGCUCUCACGGAUAAGGAUAAGGCCCUCACAGAGGCUAAGGAGAAAUUUGAGGCCGUUGAGGAGAAGCUCUUGGCAGUUGGAUAGAUAGAAGAAGAGAACGCCAAACUAAAGAAAGAACGAACCGAGUGGGCCAAAAAGCUUGAGCACAUGGCCAAAAGAGGAAACGCCAUGGAGAAGUAUCUAGGGGACUUCAUGAGCAACAUGCUCGGCACGCUUAAUGAAUUCUGCCAGGAUUUUGAUAAGGAGACUGAAGAAGUGGAGCCGUAUUUGGACCCUAUCAAGUCACCUGUUUAUGAUGUUGUGUCCAUGAAUAUGUUUCGCCUCAAUGCUCGUCUUUCAAAGGUUCAAGGGUACGUUGCCCGACUGCGAACCACGCUGGGGAAGAUCGACAAGGAGCUGUGGCCUGAAGACACCCUCCAGACUGAUCUGGAGGCAAUAAUGAGCCGCUUGGACCAGAUUCCCAACAGAGUGCAGGCGUGGAAGAAGUCCGUUGCAUGUCGCAGAGCUGAUGUGACUCUCUCGCUCAUUCGAGUCCAUUGCAAGGACGCUAGGGAAGAUAAGCUGAAGGCGCUCCAGGUGGCCAAUACGAAGAAGCUCCUAUUUGAGGACUUCAUGUGGACCUUCAUAGACGUGGCCACUCCCAUUGCUGAUGGGAUCGACCUCGACACCUUAUUGAGCCUACGAGUCCUGGUGAGCCAUAAAAAGAAACUUCGAUUGCAGACAAACUUUUAUUCGCCUCGGAAAGUCGAGUGUUAAUGUAUCCGUUAAAACUUCGUUCGGGUGUUAAACCCGAGUACUCUCGUCCGUAUAGACGACUUUCAUCCGUGUUGAAUAUCUUUGAGUUUAUCUA